UGUACGCACGAGCCGUAGUUUAAUAGCUACCUAGCAACUGCUUUAACUGAGCUCUUUAUUUUUUAUCAAGCUAACCUGUCGUUGCUUUCCUACAAACGUAAAGAAUACAACCUAUUAUCCAGAUACACAACUCACCUGGUUACUUAUCCGAUUUAACUCCAAAGGAUGCUUAAAGCACCACCUUUAUGAAAGUUCAAUGUCAGUUACUUACUCCUGCACCACUUUCUGAUUACACUACGGAUACCCGGAAUGAACAAAAUUCGCCAACGCGUUUUAUACAUUUAUACAUAUGCAUGCAUUUCUAUUGUCUCUACUAUCCAACUUUCAGUAAGAAAAUUAAGGAAGCAAUUUAAAUCUCUGACAUGUCCUGUCAAUUGAUUUAAUGUCGACUUUAAUUCUUAUUUUAUGCAUAAUCCAGUAGCAGGAACUUUAAACGCCGUCGAAAAAAAGCAACAUCGAGGGAGGGAAAUAUUUUCAAGACGGACAAACAUGGAGGCGCUCAGUAGCAAUAAACACCCAUGUUCGGAAACAGUUGAGGAGAAACAUGAUCCUGGUGCAGCUCCGUAUGGAAAUUUUAUAAGUUAUUACACAUUUAAUCCUCCAGAGAAUCGUCUGAGUUUGAUCCCGAGUUCACUGCUGGAGGAUGUGGGCUAUCAGCCGGACACAGAGGCGGUGCUCAUGCUGGACGUGGGCUGCAACUCCGGGGAUUUAUCUAUUGCACUGUAUAAGCAUCUUCAAGAUCAGCCACCCAGAAGUGAGUCUUCCAAAAGAAUUCACCUACUUGGAUUUGACCUUGACCAGGACUUGAUCCUACGGGCUCAAAAUUCUAACCCCUUCCCCCAAAACGUUCAGUUCAUUCCCCUUGAUAUCACCAAUGAGGAGAGCCACACUGAACUUGUUUCCUAUCUGGAGAGGUUUGGACGUAAUCGCUUUGACUUGUGUUUCUGUUUUGCUGUGACAAUGUGGGUUCACCUGAACCACGGAGAUGCUGCCUUAUUAACUUUCCUCUCACGACUCGCAUCUGUCUGCGAGUGCCUGUUACUGGAGGCACAGCCAUGGAAAUGUUACCGCUCGGCUGCUCGGCGGUUACGAAAACUCGGACGCAGCGACUUUGACCACUUUAAGACUCUCGAGAUCCGUGGGGAUAUGGCAGCUCACUCUAAAGAGCAUUUGGAAAAGCAGUGUGGAAUGGAGCUGGUUCAGAGUUUUGGUAGUACAUCAUGGGACCGGAGUCUUUUGUUGUUCAAGAGACGGUGAUGCAGUGACCAGGACAGAAAGCAAUAAGGGUUAAUUAGCUUGUAACCUACCUGUUGUGCAUGGUCACACAUGAACACUUCUCAAAACCUGUUCAUACCCUGGACCUCCCCUUGCGUCAGUGGACAAUCUCACUUUGAUACUAUAGACUUGUACCUGCUGUAAUCAUAAAUACUGCCCUGUGCUCAUUCCAGGAUUCUUAUUCACAGUCUGUUCAUACUGAACAUCUUUAAAAUACACUUUAUAGCAGGGGUGUCCAAACU